AUGGGCAAAAAGGCAAAAGUUGGAAAACUUCGUCGCGAUAAAUUCUACCAUUUAGCUAAAGAAUCAGGCUUUCGAUCUCGUGCUGCAUUCAAGUUAUUACAGCUAAAUCGUGAACAUCGUUUUCUUGAAAAUGCUCGUGUUCUCAUCGAUCUAUGUGCAGCACCCGGUGGUUGGUUACAAGUAGCUGAAAAACAUAUGCCAAUAUCGAGUUUGAUCAUUGGUAUUGAUUUAGCACCAAUUAAACCAAUUCCACAUACUAUUACAUAUCAAGAAGAUAUCACAUCAGAAAAAUGUCGACAACUUUUGAAAAAAGAUCUAGCUACCUUUAAAGCAGACGUUAUUCUUCAUGAUGGUGCUCCAAACGUCGGAAAAAGUUGGAUUCAUGACGCAUAUCAACAAAAUGUGUUGACUUUGAACGCAUUGAAGUUAGCAACGGAAUUUCUACGUAAAGGUGGUACAUUUGUGACGAAGAUGUUUCGUUCGAAAGAUUAUUAUUCAUUACUAUGGGUUUUCCAACAAAUGUUCAAACGUGUAGAUUCAACUAAGCCUCAAGCUUCGCGUAACGAAUCUGCUGAAAUCUUCGUCGUUUGUCAAGGAUAUCAUGCACCGGAUAAAAUCGAUCCAAAGUUUCUCGAUUAUAAACAUGUCUUCACAGAAGUUGAUAAUGAUAUCACCGAAGCACAGAACAAAGCAAAACAACGCUUGAAACAUCCUGAAAAAAUUCAUCCGAAGUCGAGAAGCGAGAAUUUCUUGGAUCUUCUCGCCACAGCGAAUGAAAUUGUGAUUGACGACGAUCGUCUACUUCAACAUCCCAAAACAACAGACGAAAUCAAAGAAUGUAUCAAAGAUAUUAAAGUUCUCGGUCGACGUGAAAUCACAUCGAUUCUUGCUUGGCGUCGACAUAUGUUUGCAUCGUUUUACAAGAAAGCACCACUUCGAACUGAAGCAACAAGUGAAGAGAAAAAAGUCGAAGAAGAAACUGAGAACGGUGAAAAAGACGAAGAAGAUGCUGAUAUUGAAGAGCAAUUAUUAAAACUUAAUGAACAGCAGCGAAAAGAAGCGAAAAGAAAACGUAAACAUGUGAUGAAAGAAAAGCGUAAACUACGUGAUCGUCUUGCUUUGAAAAUGGUCUUACCUGGUGAUGUCCAUGAUCAUGAAACAGCUGAAGGUGGCAAGAAUGAUCAAGGCUUAUUCGAUCUUGAAAAAAUCAGAACCAAAAAGCAACUAUUGGAAAUUUCAUCGGCUAUUCCAGAUAUGAAUUUUGGAGCUGACCAAGAAGUUAACAGUGAUGAUGAUGUUUACCUCGGUCAAGGAAAGAACCGGAUACCUCGAGUGGCGUAUGAUAGAGAGAAAAAUAAUGGAGAUUUAGCGUCGAUCGAUAUUUACAAACAAUACCUCGACGAUGAAAAUGAUGAUGAAGAUGAUGAACGAAUUCCAUACGAUUCAGAACGACAUCAGCCGAAACUCGAUAGUGACGUCGACGACGAUGAAUCGGAAAAUGAUGAAAAUAAUAACGAUGAAUGGGACGAUGAUGAAGAAAAUCCAUUGGAUAUGGACAUUCUUGAUGCACCAACGAAAUCAGCAAAAGCGAAAACAGUCGCUGAUGUCUGGUUCGAACAAGACAUAUUCAAACAAACGUUGAAUGAUGACGAUAAUGAUGAAGAGUUCGAAUUGGAAAGAAAAUUGAAUGCAUUGAAAUCAGAAGGUGUCCCAGUUCUUGCUAAGGCUUCCAAAAGUAUUCUGAAGAAUGGCAAAACCGAUGACUCUAGUGACUCAGAAGAGGAGAGUAAGCCGAAGAAGGCCAAACGUUCGCUGGACAAAGAUGGAUUUGAAGAAGUACCGAUCGGUCAACCAAUGAAACGCGUUCAUCUCGAUGCCGAAGGCUUAGCCAUCGGUCAUGUUAUGGCUCAAUCAAAAAAGAAUCGUGAACAAUUGAUUGAUCAUUCGUACAAUCGUUUUAUGGGUUAUGGCGACACGGAGGAUCUACCGAAAUGGUUUGUUGAGGAAGAGAAACAACACUGUCGAGCAAGUUUACCGUUGACCAAAGAACUUGUUCAAAGAUACAAAGCGAAAAUGAGAGAAAUCGAUGAACGACCAUCGAAAAAAGUCUCCGAAGCCAAAGCUCGAAAGAAACGACGUGAAUUACGUAAAUUAGAAAAAGUCAAAAAGAAAGCUGAACCGUUGCUGGAUAAUCCUGAUUUAGACAACAAAGAACGAAAUAAACAGAUAAAAGAUCUCUAUCGAAAAUAUGGUGUCAUUGGCCAGAAGAAAGCCAAUGUGAAAUAUGUUGUGGCGAAAAAAUCUCAACGAGGUGCAAGUCGACCAGCAGGUGCCAAAGGUCCAUAUAAAGUUGUUGACAAACGUUUGAAAAAAGAUAAACGUGCUGCUAAAAAACGAUCAAAAUUUACCAAAAAGAAUAACUCAGCUGGUAAAGGAAAGAACCAACAGCGAUCCGGCAAAAAUAAAAAACGAACCCGGCGGAGUGGUCGUCGAAAUUGUAUCAACAUUCUAGCUGGCAUCAUAUCUGUUCUAGGUUUUCAUUUCCUUCUAGCUGUCUUAAAACGCAUGCACAUUCAUGAUACGUGUGGUGUGAACAAUUUACAUGGAAUGGUAGGUAUUAUCGCAGAGAACACAAGCAUUAUUGUUGCUUCUAUCGGCGAUCGAUCAGGUUACUUGAACUAUCUGACAGAUUCAUGUCUUAGUGAUGGAAAGCUUCGAAGUAAUAGCACGCAAUCAGUCUAUCAAGCUACUGCACUGAGAAUGACACUAGGCAUGGCUGUUGUUGGCAGAUUAGUUAAAUCUCAAGAUUUCGACGAUGAUUCAUGUGGACCAAUUACUCAAACUUCGACAAAUUUUUAA